AUGACGUCACGGCGCCACGGCAGCGCGGGGCAGGCCGGGGAGCGGCGCGCGUGCCGGCGGCGGCGGGCAGAAUUGGAACACCUUGGAAUAAAUGCAAGUGCAAGACUUUGCACCAGCUACAGCUGCCUUGGAAAGCCAUGGCUGCUGCUCCUCAUCUCAACUCGGAUGCACUCCGAGAGGUCCUGGAGUGCCCCAUUUGCAUGGAAUCCUUCACUGAGGAGCACCUGAGACCCAAGCUCUUACACUGCGGGCACACCAUCUGCAAACAGUGCUUGGAGAAACUCCUGGCAAACAGCAUCAACGGGAUACGCUGUCCCUUCUGCAGCAAAAUCACCCGGAUCACAAGCUUAGCUCAGCUGACUGACAAUCUCACUGUGCUGAAGAUCAUAGACACUGCUGGCCUGGGGGAGGUGGUGGGUCUUCUCAUGUGCAAGGUCUGUGGGAGAAGGUUGCCAAGACACUUUUGCAAGAGCUGUAGCUUGGUUUUAUGUGAACCCUGCAAGGAGACAUCACACAUGCCCCAAGGACACAGAGUGAUUGCUAUCAAAGAGGCUGCUGAAGAGCGUAGGAGGGAAUUUGGGACGAGGCUUGCCAGACUCCGGGAGCUCAUGGGUGAUCUGCAGAAGAGAAAAGCAUCUCUGGAAGCUGUUUCAAGAGACCUGCAGUCGAGGUACAAAGCAGUUCUGCAAGAUUACAGCAAAGAAGAGCGCAAGAUCCAGGAAGAGCUGGCCAGGUCACGCAAAUUCUUCACCACCUCUUUGUCUGAUGUGGAGAAGGUGAAUAAUCAGGUCAUGGAGGAGCAAGCUUAUCUGCUGAACUUAGCAGAAGUGCAGAUAAUGUCUCGCUGUGACUAUUUCCUUGCCAAAAUAAAGCAGGGAGAUAUUGCUCUCUUGGAGGAGGCAGCAGACGAGGAAGAACCAGAACUGACAAACAGCCUCCCAAGGGAGCUGACGCUUCAAGAAGUUGAACUCCUUAAGGUGAGCCACGUGGGACCACUGCAGAUCGGGCAGGUGGCAAAGAAACCCCGGACUGUUAACUUGGAGGAGUCACUCAUGGAAACUGCAGCCUCCUCAUCGGUGUCGUUUCGGGAGCCUGACUUGGUGCAGGAAGAGGUCAGCUACACCCCCAACUCCUCACCAGCCAAGCCAAGGAUUCCCGAAGCGGCCACCAGCAUCCAGCAGUGUCACUUCAUCAAGAAGAUGGGCUCCAAGGGCAGCCUGCCUGGGAUGUUCAAUCUCCCUGUCAGCCUCCACGUCACCCAGCAAGGUGAGGUGCUCGUGGCAGACCGAGGCAACUUCCGAAUCCAGGUUUUUACCCGCAAGGGCUUCCUGAAGGAGAUCCGCCGGAGCCCGAGCGGCAUCGAUAGUUUUGUCCUGAGCUUCCUUGGGGCAGAUUUGCCCAAUCUGACUCCCCUCUCCGUCACCAUGAACUGCCACGGCCUGAUAGGUGUGACCGACAGCUACGACAACUCUGUCAAGGUGUACACCAUGGAUGGACACUGCGUGGCGUGUCACCGGAGCCAGCUCAGCAAGCCCUGGGGCAUCACAGCCCUCCCGUCAGGGCAGUUCGUGGUGACCGACGUGGAAGGUGGGAAACUCUGGUGCUUCACAGUGGACCGUGGGGUCGGGGUGGUGAAGUACAGUUGCUUAUGUAGUGCUGUGCGCCCCAAGUUUGUCACCUGUGAUGCCGAGGGGACCAUCUACUUCACCCAAGGGCUGGGGCUCAACCUGGAGAACCGGCAGUACGAGCACCAUUUAGAAGGAGGUUUUUCCAUCGGUUCCGUCGGCCCGGAUGGGCAGCUGGGACGCCAGAUCAGUCACUUCUUCUCUGAGAAUGAGGAUUUCAGGUGCAUCGCUGGGAUGUGUGUCGAUGCCAGGGGAGACCUCAUUGUUGCUGACAGCAGCCGUAGAGAAAUCCUGCAUUUUCCUAAAGGAGGUGGCUAUAAUGUCCUCAUCCGGGAAGGACUCACCUGCCCAGUCGGGAUUGCCAUUACUCCCAAAGGACAGCUGCUGGUGCUGGACUGUUGGGAUCACUGCAUUAAGAUCUACAGUUACCAUCUGAGAAGAUAUUCCACCCCUUAAAGGUGUGGCUCUAAGCAAAGCCUGCUUUGGCAGCAGAGAUUCUUCCAGCCUCACUGGAGCCUGAUGGGAACUGGUGUUGAGCAUUCAGGACAACUGUGCCAUAAAUGAAGGAGGUUCACCCUAGAGGUCAUCAUGUUUUGUGUUUAGAAACAAAAUAGCUUCUGUGGUGGUAGUCUGCUUUUUCUUCUCCUUUGUUUCUCAUUUUUACUUUUAUAAAAUCUGUACAAUAAAAAAGGGAGGGAAAGGAUCCAUCCUUCUGGAGCACUGGUUCCUUGCUUAGUGACUGGUCACUCCAUAAACCUACUCACCUCCUUUAGCCACAGCUUCCACCUUCAACAGCUGUAUCUGUCUUUGUGCCAUAAACACUGACUGACUGCUUUAAAUCACCUUCCCUUGGAGGACUAGAGAGGCAACCCUCUUCUUGCUGUGGUGCUCACAAGGAACUGGGUAGCAGUUGUCUGGGCAACUACUAGAGAAAGCAAUUUCUGAUUGUAGCACUGCAUAAAACAAAAUAGCCCUCUUAAACUGCAGGGAGAUGGAACUUUCAAACUGGUGAGGGAAGGUUUGGUUUUCUCUCUCCUUUUUUUUCUGGUAUUCAGGAGAUAGCCUCUGUUGUGCCAUUUGUGAACUGUGUCUGUUCAAUGUGAAGUUAAGUACUGUGCAACCAUGAGGGACUGAGCCAAGCCAGAAAACUGCCCUCUGAUGGCAACAGGGUUUUUAUUACUACUUGGAGUUCUGCUAGGUAGAAUGGGGUAAAAAGGGAGGGGGGUGGAAGAACAAACCAAACAAACCAGGGGAAACCUACAGUUGAUGUUCACUGUUGUGUUAUUAAAUGUAUCCUGGGAACUGUCUUAGGGAAGUGUCUGGUAGUUAAAGCUUCCUGGGGGAGGAGGGAAGGGCUGGGAGGUUGUAAUACAGGAGAUGAAAUGAAAUGCAAUGUAUUAGAUGUUCACCUGCACUCCACACUGUUGCAUUUAGUGAUGGGCUUCCACUCAUCUACACGUCCUGCUCUGGUGGGGAUGGGACAGUUUUACUUUUGUUUUUUUAAUAUUUGGCAGCAUGACCAUUGGUGAAUUUUUUCCCUUGCACAGCAAAAUGCUACAUCCCUCACUUUUUUUUUUUUUUUCCUAAUGGCACCAGCAGGCACCAGAGUUCAUGUUCAUCACAGCUUUGGGCCAAAUGAAGCACAAAACUGCAGCUGUGUGAACCAAGGCCCCCACAGUGCUACUCUCCUGGCUGAUAAAUGUGUACCUCAGUGUGGUGCUGCUUGCCUAGAAUAGUUUAUUGAAGAAAAGAUGCAUUUAAAUAGGGCACAGUGGUAGCAUGUUAAUCUGCCACAAAUAAUAGUUACACUGCAGUGCAUUUAUUUGUUGCUACCAACAAUGUCAUUGCAAAUUUGGGGCCACAACAGGCAACAGAAAAGCUGAUUUUAUGGUGGCUGCCAUGUUACAGAAGACUGGAUGCUGCUUGUGCUGCAACAUGUAUGCAACAGGUGAUUUUUAAUUUUUUUUUAAAGCUCCCACCUGCUUUAGUGAAUCAGAAAAGUAAAACUGGCCUCAGAGCUGCAGCCAGUUGUUUGGCAGUUACGUGGAAGAAGUGCUGGGGGUAGAUCUUGGGAUUUUGCUUUUUUCCCCUUUCCCUAUUCUGCUCAGCCAAGAUGCUGAGGAGGGCCAGCACAACAGCCUGCUGGGGAAUGGAGGUGAUGGAGGUGCCCAUCCAUCAGGACAACUUCCUAUUUCUCACCAUAAUUCUGGUAAGAAUAUAGUACUUCCUCACCAAAAAUAAGAUGGAAAAAAAGGUUGUGGAGAAGGGAGUAGGAGCUAAGACACUACCAUGGAAGAUGGUGCUGAGGGAGCCCAAGAGAGAUGAACCCCCCUUCCCUCCUGAGCUGCUCUGUGUGUUUGCCUGUAAUUAUUGACAUUCUCUGCUUUUUUGGGGUGGGAGGGAACAAUUUCCUAAGGCACCUUACAGCAAUUUGGGGAGCAGAUCUCAUCUUGUAUAUAUGUUUUUGGGAGAUGAGAACUAUUACUGGGCCUUUCUGCAGUUAAUUACAUUGUAACUCAAGGCAUUUUUUUCCAGUGUUGUGGUAAUGGCAGUUCCUCUUCUACUGAUCUCUUUUAAACAUUUCUCCUAAGAACUGCUCCAAGCAGGAAGCUACCAUGGACCUGAAUAAUUGAAGCAAUAUUAUCUGUGAUAAUAUGUACCUCUCUCAUUUUCUGUUCCAAUGGAUUUAUUUUUUUUUUUUUAAUAAACAUCACUCUACUAUCAAUAACAUUUCCUGGAGUGCUUGAAGGGACAUAAAAGCCAGUCCAGCAAACUGAGCAGCUGGUUACCUCAGCCUGUUCCUGGUUACACAGUUCAAACAAAGCAUCUGUUAUCUGUUUCUCACUCAGAAAUUCAAAGAAAAUAACACUGCCUGGUGAUGCACUGGCAGGCCAGGACACUGCCAGCAGCACCUAAGGGGGGGUUUCACCUCCAGCUCUUCCUCUAGUCCUGGGAUUCAGGAAGAAAAAGGGAAAAAAAAAAAAAAAGAAACCUGCUGUCCCUUGCCCAGGGAACCCACAUCCUCUAAAAAACUCAACAAGUGACUGUGAGCUGCUUUUGCAGAGCUGUGUUUCUUGCUGUGAUGCCCCCACACAAUGUUGUGAUCGUCUGCCAAAUGAGAUGAAAUGGAGUAAUUAAGGAUUGUGAUGAAAUAGUUUGGCUUCUGCUCUCUACCUGGAAAAAGAGCUUGUCUGGUUUUACGUAUGUGUUUGGGUUUUAAAGAGGGUGUAAUAAAGGAAAAAUUGAUCCAAUUAAAA